UAUGUGGAGAAUACGUUGAUGCCUUUACAUUUUUAACUCUCUCUCUCUCUCUCUCUCUCACACACACACACACACUCUCUUGCUCACAUGCCUCCAAUGGAAUCAAAUCAAAGUGACUUAUGAUUAAGAGAGUGAAUCUUAAAGGAAACAUCAAAGAAAUAACCCUCAAUAUCAAUAGAAAGAGAAAUGUCAAUUACCAAGGUGAAGAAAGGAAGAACCUAGUUUUUUAGUUUUAGAAUUUUCAUGGCAAUGGCCCCACACAACUCAACAAAAGAGAUAAGAAGCUUGUAUCAGAAGCGGCAUAAAGAGAACCCUCACCGCGUCAACAGCUACAUCUCUUGCCUAAAAACGUGGCAACUAGCAACUAAUAAAAAUAUAUUCAUACUUAAUUGCUAUAAUAUUAUUAUUAAUAGUAGUUAGUACCAACUUAAAUAAAACUUUAAUUUAUAUGCUUUGUUCAUAUAUAUACAUAUUCUUAUGUUAGCUAAGAUAAUUAAUGAGUUACCUUUUAUAUUUACUAUUUGGAUAGCUGUUUCAAAAAAUUGAGUGAAAUUGACCAUUUUAGCCAAAUAGUUUUUUUUGUUAUUGAUUUUGGGAGAUUGUCAUGCAUGUGUGUAUUUCAUGGUAAUAAACAAUUUUCAUCAAUAGUUAAUUAGCUAUAAAUCAAGAAUGGACAGUUAUGUUAGAUUUGUAGCUAUACAAGUUUCAAGCUAGUUGCAAUUAGGAAUGGUAUCUCCUUCAUAAAAAAAUGAUAGACCUAUUGGGAAGGAAGUCUCAACUACCACAAAAGAAGAAGAAACUCAAAGAAGAAGAAGAACAUGGCCAACACCUUCAAGGAAAUAACAACAGCAGCAAAGUCAUCUUUCUAUUUCUUGAUUUUUAGCUUCCAAUAUAUUCUCUCUUCUCAAGUCUCAUCUUCAAAUAAACAUUCACUCACAAAUCUCAAUAAUGGAAACUCCAAAUAGGUGUAAAUUUACAGUGAUCUUCUCCAUCAUUAUCUCCCUCACACUUGCCAUAGUUUCAUGCUUAUUAUGUAUAGCCUCUGAGAUUAAGAGGAACAAGAAGGAGGAUCUUAGAUUCAAUGGUAAACAAUGUUACUUACCAUCAAGCCAAGCAUUUGGAUUGGGGAUUGCAGCUUUGGUUUGUUUACUUUUGGCUCAGAUCAUUGGCAACUGUGUAUUGUUCAAGAAUUAUUGUUCAGGAGGGAAAAGAAACUCACAUUAUAAGAUACCACUCAUUGCAAUGCUUCUGCUUUUGAUCUCUUGGCUUAGCUUUGGGAUUGCAAUGAUCUUAUUGAUAACUGCCACAAGCAUGAGUAAGAGGCAGCCUUAUAGGAUAGGUUGGUUGAAUGGUGAAUGCUACCUAGUCAAAAGGGGUGUUUAUGCUGGCUCAACCAUAUUGAUCCUAGUAACCGUAGGUUCGGUAAUUGGUUCGGUUUUGUUAACAAUAAAGGCCAAUCAAACAGAACAAGAUCGCAAAAUACAUGCACAAACAGGGUGAGGAAGAAUUGAUCAUCCAAUUAUUAUACUUAGAAAGAUGCCUUACAAGUUGCUGAGGUAAAAAUCCAAGUUCACAUUCCAAAGACAUGCUUCCAAAGGAAUACUAAUAUUAUAAUAAUAGUUGUUAUUCAUUAAAAAGGGUUGCCACAUCCAAUUAAGAUGAGUUAACAUGCUUGUACAAUGUCCUAAGGAAUAACUUUAUUUUUCUUCUUACUACACUAAAGAGAAACUUAAUAUGUACACAUUCUCUUUGAGGUGGCCAUUGCCUCGUGUAGGAACCCAUUUAGGAUACCAUCUGCAUAGAUAGAUAAUUGGUUUGUAUAUCUUUUGUAUUUAUAUUCACCUGCUUAGUUGCAUUCAUUAUUGUUUUGUUUAAUAUAAUUGUACUUUACAAAUAACCAGAGAUGAAAGGAUGAUAUUUAUUAUCACAAAAAGGAAUUGAUUCCCGUAACCAGUCAGAUGCCUAGUCCCUCCAAAGAUGCAUAAAGUGCUGCAGCUAAAUUUAAGUAUAAAAAUACGCAUACAAACACACAUGGUAUAAUAAUAGUAACUGAGUAUUGUCAUAUGAAUUGCAAGUACAAAUAUGCACAAGCCGAGUUCAAUAUUUUGUAAAUGAUUAAAUUAAAUGAAUGUGACCAGUGCAAUAAACUAUUAUCAUCAUUAUUCGAUAUUUGAAAAAGUGAUUAAAUAUAAGUUCAUAAUGAGAUGAAGCUCAAAUAAAAACACUUUAACGAAGUCUUUUUAAAAGAAAUUAUCCAAAGGCAUUCUAAUUCUUGCCGGAAAUAGUGAUAGUAAGUACACAGCUAAUACUAUCCUUAUAAAUAUUAAAAAUAGAAAUAACAACUAGUGACUAUUAUAUGUAUCUCGAUUUGCAUGAAGCAUACAAUAUAUGAUCAAAUUUGAUGAGUUCCAAGAACCUCAACAAUCUUCCAUCUCAAACAUGGCACAAAUAGAGCCAAAUAUACAAGGUGGGGAGGAUCUGCAAUUCAGCAUAAA